CUUAAGUUUAUAAAGAGACAAUAUUGCUUUAGCUAUUUUUCUCUUCACCAUAAAUGCAUGUUAUUGAAUGUACGAGACUGGGGUUUAAGUACAAUGUGGUCACAACAGAAUGGCGUUGGAACACAUGGAGAUAUUAGAAGUCUUGCACAUGUUAAACGAUGCCACAUGUUCUCGCAGUGAAUUUGUUAAAGCAUUGAUAGAGGGUUCUAUUAAGAGGGGAGGGGAGGGCUUGAAUGUUUGUAACAAGUGCUCCAAAAUUAGUAUUCUAAAAUAGCUGUGAUUUUUAGCUGACUAACCGCGGUUUUAUAUUUAAUCUUCAGACCCGUAACACCACUUUGCUCCAAGUGUUAGUCCAAAGCAUGUUGAAAUGCUGAAGAUCCCCAGUAUCACUUUAGUUAUCCUAUGGGGUGAGCAUGGUUGCAAUUUCCGUAAACUGAAGUGUACACACCAGUCCUAACCAUAAAAAAAGCAAUAUUGUCUCUUUGCUUUUCUGUGUAUCAUGUUAAACUACUAUUUCAUUUUCCUUUUUUUUAUUUAAAUGUGUUCCUCCUAGGUUUGAAUAAUAACCUAUAAUUAAAACUAUUAAUGAUGGAUAAUAAUCAUGUGCAAGAUGGAACACAACAUAUUUCUUUGUGUAUACUGACCUGUUUUUUUACUUCCUUUUUUCUUGUUUCUCUCCCCAUUCCCCUCUCCCCGUUUUUGUUUUGUUUGUUUUUAUUUUAAUUCCUUGACCUGGAAACUCUUUGCCCACUGACUGCACGUCCCAUUUAUCCCUGCCCAUCCCAUCUGCUUCCUAUUGUUUGCAAACAAUACAACAACAAAUACACAACAUAAUUUGUUCUUUUGGAUACGAACUUCCACCAAAAAACAAAUGAAACAAAACUCCCCUCCGACCGUCCUCUCCCAAACAUUAACCUUGACACUUCAUGAUCCAACCACCGUUCUCACCAUUUCCUGUGGAUCUGGCUCGCUGUGGAUGAUAUGUUCAACCUCCACUCUCCUGCCUCCGAUCUUUUCCUGUCCCUUCUUCCUGCCUUGCUCUGCUGUCCUAUAAAGAGAGUUGCGCCCCAAUGCCUCUUUAUUCUUUUCGGUGUGUAUGGCGAUGUGAUCAGAGUGAAGAUCCUGUUCAACAAGAAAGAGAAUGCCUUGGUACAGAUGGCAGAUUCCAAUCAGGCUCAGCUGGCAAUGAGCCACAUGAAUGGGCAGAAGCUGCACGGGAAGGCGAUCAGGGUGACCCUGUCUAAACACCAGACAGUGCAGCUGCCGAGGGAGGGCCAGGAGGACCAGGGGCUUACCAAGGACUUCAGCAACUCUCCCCUCCACCGCUUCAAGAAGCCAGGCUCCAAGAACUUCCAGAAUAUCUUCCCUCCCUCUGCCACCCUCCACCUCUCCAACAUCCCACCUUCUGUGGUUGAAGAUGAUCUUAAGCUUCUGUUUGUGAGUGGUGGGGCAGUCGUCAAAGCGUUCAAGUUCUUCCAGAAAGACCGUAAAAUGGCUCUGAUCCAGAUGGGCUCUGUGGAGGAGGCGAUCCAGAGCUUGAUUGAUUUUCACAAUCAUGACCUGGGGGAGAACCACCACCUCAGGGUCUCCUUCUCCAAAUCUACAAUCUAGAGGAGCAGGCAGGGCAAGAGGAAGGGCCAUCGCCUAGAGACUUCAACUCCUCAAUCCACGAGACUCACUUCCAUCAUCAUUCCAA